AUGGUUCUUUGUAGGAGGAUAGCCACCGUAGCGGUAGCCCUGUUGGCGGGCCAGGCCACUGCACAAACAUAUACAGACUGCAAUCCGCUCCAGUCGACAUGUUCUGCUAAUACCGCGCUUGGUAUGACGAUAGACGUCGACUUCACCCAGGGAGAAGUCAACUCAUUUUCUACGUCGGGUGGCACUCCGACGUACAGUUCGUCGAAUGGUGCGACAUUCACAGUGGCCAAGUCUGGGGACGCACCACAGUUAAACUCAAUGUUCUACAUUAUGUUUGGGCGUGUCGAAUUCUAUCUCAAGGCAGCACCCGGUGCAGGAAUUGUUUCAUCAGUCGUAUUGCAAUCAGACGACUUGGAUGAGAUCGAUAUGGAAUGGCUAGGUGCCGAUACCGACCAGGUAGCCACGAAUUACUUUGGCAAGGGGCAAGUCACGACAUACAACCGCGGAGAGUGGAACCCAGCGGCUGGCAACCAGGACGGCUUCCUCAAGUACACAAUUGAUUGGACAAGCGAGCGUAUCGUGUGGAUGGUUGGGGAGACCACGAUUCGUACGUUGACAUACGAGAACGCUGAGACGGACCAGUAUCCGCAGACGCCGAUGCAGGUCAAGUUUGGAGCUUGGUCUGGAGGAGACUCAAGCAACAGCGCUGGAACUAUCAGCUGGGCCCGUGGUCCUACGGACUACUCUCAAGGACCUUUCAGCAUGAACAUCAAGAGCAUGGUCAUCACAGACUACAGCACCGGCAGUUCUUACUCUUAUGGCGACACCACCGGUGACUGGACUUCCAUCACCUCCAGCGGCGGUACCAUUAACGGCAACUUAAACGGCGCCGGCUCCUUGACGGUCACGGCCACUGCUGGCUCCACGGCCACUGCGAGCGUGCCUGCUGGUGCCCUCGGGUCAAGCACUGCCACUUACAGCGCUAGUUUGCCUUCUGGAUGGCGAAUGACAUCGUCAGGAAAAGUCGUGCCGAAUGCAUCCUCGGGCAUGCAACCUCCUCACCCUCUUCUCUUUGCUGGCCCCGUGAUUUUUGCUAUCCUGGCCUCGCUGUCAGGGAUUUGGAGGCACAUUUGA